UCUCAUAUAAAAACUCAGUGAGAUUUCAUCAAUUCUCCUAGUUUGAUUUAAAUCAUUUGUGCAUCGAUAUCAAGACGGAAGUGGCGGAGAACUUAUAAUUCUUAAAACUAAAAGGAGAAAGGACUAAAUAAUUAUCAACAAUUAUAGAAUAGAAAAAAACACCGUUAGUUAAGCAAAAUGUAUAUACGAAUUGCAUUAAUUGCAGCGCUUGUUUGCUCCUUUUUGCAACUCAAUAGUGCGGAAUUUCCCAAUGAUCCGAAGCCAUGUAAAUUUGGAGACGAGGAUUGUUUACUGAAGGCGAUCAACUUUUAUUUACGUGAAAAAAAUCAAGGAGACCCUUCGAUAAAUCUGCCACAAAUCGAUCCUAUUGAUGCCGGCACAUUCACACUCAAGCAAGGCGCUGAUAAUCCGGUGAAUAUUGACUUAACUUUUAGCAAUAAUAAAAUUUAUGGUGUCGCUAAUGCCACAGCUUCCAAAGUUAGGGGCUUUGGCAAAGAUCUCACGAAAAAACAUGAGCUACGCUUCAAAGUACCGGUGGCUAGCUUGAUCGGCGAUUAUAAAAUACAAGGCCGUAUUCUGAUAUUGCCCAUUAGCGGUUCCGGCAAAAACAAUAUCACUAUGAUUGAUGCAGAAUUCAUAUUACAAUGGGUGGGCGCGCCCGUUGAGAAGGAUGGCGCCACUUAUAUGAAAACCGACAAAUUCAGAGCCAUUGUUAAGCCCAGUAGAGUGUUCUUCGAAUUACAAAAUCUUUUCAAUGGUGACAAAGCUUUGGGUGAUAAUAUGAAUUUGUUUUUAAAUGAAAACUGGAAAGAAAUUUUUCAGGAAGUUGAGGUAUCCUAUUCCAAGGAAUUAUCAAAAUUGAUGUCAAGUAUUAUCGACUCAGUUUUUGACAAAACACCAUAUAAUAAAUUAUUUGUAGAAUUAACUGAAAAGCGUGUUAACGUAUCUUCCAGCACCUUUUUCGACGUCUGUACUCGCGAAAUAUUCGUGGAAAUGUUUCAGUUAAACAAAAUUGUUCUAGCUUUAAUGUCAUUAUUGGCACUUCAAGUAGUGGCGAAAUUUCCUGAGGAUCCCAAAGCAUGCAAAUAUGGCGACAAAGCUUGCAUAAUGAGCACUAUUGAAUACUUGAUGCGAGAAAAAUCCCAAGGUUUUGCGUCGCUUAAUUUAGCUAAGACGGAACCACUGAGAAUUGCCAAAAUUGUUAUGAAACAAGGCGCCGAAAGUCCCGUUAAUAUUGACCUAACAUUCACCAAUAAUGAUUUAUACGGUUUUAGUGCAGUAAAAAUGAUUGACUUGAAGGGCUUCGGCAGGGAUUUGACCACCAAACACGAACUUCUUUUUUCUGCUCCCAUUCUCAGUUUGGCCGGUGAUUACUCAAUCAAGGGACGCGUAUUAAUACUGCCCAUCACUGGUACAGGCACGAGCAAUAUUACAAUGCUUAACUCUAAAAUUCGAAUUCAGUUUGCUGGCACUCCAGUGUCAAAACCGGACGGCGUCCAUAUGAAUGUGAAGUCGGCGCGUUUGAGUGUGGAUCCAUCAAGAAUGAUUUUCAAUUUUGGUAAUCUUUUCAAUGGUGACAAGCAACUGGGUGACACAAUGAACUCCUUUUUGAAUGAGAACUGGAAAGAGAUUUAUGAAGAAGUGCGGGCGACUUUUACAAACGCCUUUUCCCAAAUCUUCACAAGCGUGAUAGAUAGUGUUUUUAGCAAAUAUCCUUAUGAUAAAUACUUUUCGGAAUAAAAAUUAAGAAAUCUAGUAUAUUAA